GGUCACAAACCUCAAAUAAAAGAGCAACCGUUCGAUUUGCAUCGUACGCUUUUCAUGAAAUCUGGCAACCUCCCCUUCCCACCACUCCAAACAAACGUAGCACACACUAAACAAAAUACCCUCAUCGUAAACUGUGACACUUUUUAUCCCUUUCGUCCCCCGCUUCGAAUUCGAAGGGAGAAAGAAGAAACCCCAAAAAGUCUGUUAAACAUUAAAAAAAAAAAAAAAAGAACAAGAUUGCGCCUUUUCUCCUUUUAUCUCCCAACUUAUACGCCCGAAAAGAGAAAGUACAAGUUCGGUUCGGUUGGGUUCAGUUACUGUCUCCGCCAACGUGUUCCGCCGCCUGAAAUGUUUCCGGCACCACCGGAAAGAAACGCUGUCGUAACAAUCUCUCGCUACAGGUAGCGACUUUGAACUGAAGAUCUGAAAAGAAGAAACGUUGUCAAGAACGAUGGAAACUCCGAAGAAGAGCCAAACCAAGCUGACCCGAACCCAAUCCUCUCUUCUACGAUGUUCUUCCCCAACCGCCCGAUCCCCCAUCCACAACGAACAGAACCUUCUAGAAGAUGAAGAGAAGAAUGAUGGUAACAGCAAGAAAACGAAGAUUAAGAGCAAGAGCAAGAAGAGCAUCAAACCCGGUUCGAACCGGUUGAUUUCUGGACCGGUUCUUGGCUUCUUUGGCGCAUGCUUUCUCUCCUUCUACCUCUUCUACUUCCUCUCUUUCAGAUUCUCCCAGGAGGUACCAACUUCGGAGAACGUUCUCCUCGCGCUGAUCUUCGUGGCCGUUUUUCUCUACCUCAUCUCAAAGAACAGAGCCCUGAUCCACCGAACCGGUGCGGCUCUGAGAAGACUCAGUUUCUCCAGCGGCGGAACCGCUAGGCCGGUUCAGUGGUCUAUCGGGGACUCAGAGGGGGAGCAAGAGAAUCAAGAAGAGAAAAGUGCUGAGAAGGAAGGUGUUGAGUUCUUCAGCAACGGUGAUUUCUACGAGGGGGAGUUCUCCGGCGGAGUAGGCGGAAGGAAGAGCAAUGGUUUCGGUGUGUACCAUUACUUUGUGGGUGGAAGGUAUGAAGGGGAAUGGGUUGAUGGAAGGUAUGAGGGGUUUGGGGUUGAAGGGUGGGCCCGGGGGAGCCGCUAUAAAGGACAGUAUAGGCAUGGGUUGAGGCAUGGGUUUGGGGUUUAUAGGUUCUACGCUGGAGACUCCUAUGCUGGGGAAUGGUGUAAUGGACAGAGCCAUGGGAUUGGAGUUCAGAGUUGUAAUGAUGGCAGCUCCUAUGUUGGAGAGUUCAAGUUUGGUGUCAAGCAUGGUCUCGGGUGUUACCAUUUUAGGAAUGGAGAUAGAUAUGCAGGGGAGUAUUUUGGAGACAAAAUACAUGGGUUUGGUGUGUACCACUUUGCCAAUGGGCAUUGUUAUGAGGGAGCAUGGCAUGAAGGGCGUAGGCAAGGUUAUGGGUUGUAUACUUUCCGAAAUGGCGACAAGAGAUGUGGUGAAUGGGAUUCUGGCAACCUCAAGAACAAUCUACCAACAAUAACUGAUGCUGUGCUUCGAGCUGUUCAGGCUGCUAGGAAAACAGCAGAAGAUGCUGUGAAAGUUGACCGAAAGGAUGACCAGGUGAACAAAGCAGUAAUUGCUGCCAACAGAGCUGCAACUGCUGCAAGAGUUGCUGCAGUCAAAGUCGUUCAGAACAGAAUGGGUGGGAAAUUUUGUGAUACUCAUGUCUAAGAUGUAAAUAGAGUUUAGGGGUGCUAAAGCUUUUGUUUGGAAAUUGUAAAUUUUACUAAUUGUAAGUACUUGAAAGGGUCACCCCGGUGAGCCAAAAUGGCUCGUGGGAGGGUGAAGAUGAAGAGUGUGUUUUAGAUGUUUGUUUCACGAAAAUGCAACUUGUAUAUAUAGAUCAUGUAAUAUCAAAUUAUCAAAUGAUAAGUGAAAAGUCGAAAAAAAAAAGGAACUGUACUUUCU